AUGGUUUUCACCAACUGCACUUGCUACAGCGAAGAUCCCGAGGAGAUGUUGUCGCAUCUCAAGUGUGGCCUGAGUAAGAGUGUCAAGAGGCCCUCCUUCAACAUUGAGUUGCAGUUCCAAAAGCCUGUGGCCAAGUUCUUUGUCAAUAUGCGAAUUGUCCUGCCCAGGAGGAUAGGUGACGACUUCACCCUAUUCAAUCUCUCUGCCAUCGAUGGCUGCAGCCUGCUCUCGAAUAAAAACCAGAUAGCAUUUAUCCAACUGGGGCGAAAGCACAUGGAUCGCUUCAGCAAUGUUCCCAAGCGUUGUCCUUGGCCCAAGGAUGUGUCUUAUUAUGUGCGUGGUUUCCGCGCGGAUAUGGCCGCCAUGCCGGCCUUUAACUUCGAGUCGGACAUGAAUCUAUGGUUCGACUUUGUGGUGAAUCACCAUAAGGUGAUCCGGGGGUUCAUCCAGAGUAAGGUGCAGCAACGGAGGACGCACAAAAGGGGCCAUGAGGAUGAGUGA